CAGGCCCGGAGCGCUGGCCGCGGGAGCGGCGCCGGGACGCUCCAAGUUUUCGGGUUGUUUUGCAAUGUUCCCGGCGGGAAGAGUGGGGCAGAGAAUUGGAAGGUCUCCACCCCUGGGCAGGAGAGGGGCUGUCCACAUUUGAGGCACGUCUGGUGCCUUCUGUGUUCUUGGACAGAACACCUACAGCUGCUUCCACCGGGCUAGGAGCCAGACCUCAGGGACAGACAAGCCAUGGACUUCCCAUACCCUCAGCAUUUGGGGGCAGCACCUUAGGAGAGCAGGGGCGCAGCCUCCAUCCACCCCCUUUCACCAAGAAGGAGGGAGCUGAGAAGCGGACCCUUAGCCCAGCCCAGCGCCCUCCCCAGGCCCCCGGUGGGCAUGGACCAGCAGCUGUGAACAGCCAGAGCCGAUGCCGGGCCCCCAGGGGGCCGGAGGAGCCCCGGCCAUGAACCUGGGCAAGCUCUCACCCGUGGGCUGGGUGUCCAGCUCGCAGGGGAAGAGGCGGCUGACUGCGGACAUGAUCAGCCCCCCACUGGGGGACUUCCGCCACACCAUGCACGUGGGCCGUGGCGGGGAUGUCUUCGGCGACACCUCCUUCCUCAGCAACCACGGUGGCAGCUCACGGGGCACCCACCGCUCGCCCCGCAGCUUCCUGGCCAAGAAGCUGCAGCUGAUGCGGAGGGUAGGGGCACCGCCCCGGAGGAUGGCUUCCCCACCUGCGCCCUCACCUGCUCCACCGGCCAUCUCCCCCAUCAUCAAGAACGCCAUCUCCCUGCCUCAGCUCAACCAGGCCGCCUAUGACAGCCUCGUGGUGGGCAAGCUCAGCUUUGACCGCAGCCCUGCCACCUCCACAGACGGCCACUCCAGUUACGGCCUGGACUCCGGGUUCUGCACCAUCUCUCGCCUGCCUCGCCCAGAAAAGCCUCGUGACCGAGACCGUGAUAGCUCCUUCCCCUCUGAGCCUGAGCUUCGCCGCUCUGACUCCCUCCUGUCCUUGCGCCUGGACCUCGACCUUGGGCCCUCUCUCCUCAGUGAGCUGCUGGGGGUCAUGAGCCUCUCAGAAGGCUCUGCAGCCGAGACCCCAGCCCCACCCCUUGCUGCAAAUCCCCCAGCCCCUGUUGCAAACCCCCCGACCCCUGCCUCAAGCCCCCCACCCCGUGGACAGUGCCCCAAUGGGGUAACCCCGGGGUUGGGCCCAACGGCCGAGGCGAGGGCCAGCCCGGUAGGAGAGCGUCCCUGUGCACCUGCUGAUGUGGGCCCCGGCAGGCACUGGGGAGCAGGCUGGGGUGGCAGCCAAAGCAGCCGCCACUACACUGAGAUGGAUGCUCGGCGGGAGCUGGUGGAGGUGCUGCCCCAGGCUCGGGCCUCUUGGGAGAGCCUGGACGAAGAGUGGGGGCCGCCGCAGGCAGGCAGCAGGGCCCCCGUGCCCAGCACGGUGCAAGCCGACACCUUCAAGUUUGCUGAAGCUGAGGAGGAUGACGAGGUCAAGGUGUGAGCGGCUGGGCAUGGGCUCAGGACCCCAGCCAGCCUCGGGGCACCGCCUGUGAACUGCCCGCGUGCAGAGCCAGCCCCUCACCUGACAGCUGGGUCCCGCCAACGAAAGAUGGGAGAACCCAAGUUGUCCCCAGACCCCUCCACACCUCUGCAGGACAGACAUGGGAGGGAGGCCAGAGGAGACCAGGCUUGUCCUGGGACCCGGGUGUUCCCAUGGGCCGUGCUGGGCCGCCCUGCCUCCCCCCACUGCCACUCUGGACCCAGUAGCCGUUCCUCGGGCCCACCCGCCACCCCAGGCCGUCCCCACCAGCUGGAGGGCCUCGCCUCACAGUGCAGCCUUUGUGCUGGGAAAGCUGCCCUUGCUGGGUGGGGGUGGGGAGCAUAGCACAUAGAGCCUUUGUCCCCUCUCCCAAAGGGACCGCCUGCCCCAGCUCAUCCUGGAGUUGCCCCCAGCAGGGUCCCCACUGCCUUUCUGAGAGCCCCAGCCCUUGCUAAGGCUGCUUCCCCGACAUUCCCGCCGCCACCCCACUUGUCCCAGAAGCCUCAGAGAAAAGUCAGGUGUGACCUCACAGUGGGGGAAUCCCACCUUCCCGUGCACCCCAGACCUGCCUCUGGGUCCUGAUUAAAGAAGGCUUUUUUGAUAAAA